AGAAAGCAAAAACUAAAGAUCUCCAUCUAUUAAUUGAAACUGCUUUCUGGUUUCUGUGCAGAAUGAGAUUCUGUACGAGAAGAAGAAGAAGCGUCGUCGCUUGCGUCUGAAGAAGCUCAGGAAGCGGCACACAAACUCCUCCAACCCUCCAGACAGCAGCCAGCCCGUGGAUGACUGGGAGAAGGAGAAGAGACAGGAGGACUUCGUGGACAUGGCGUGUGAAUGCAGUGCGGUGAUCUGCUGCCGCGUCACGCCCAAACAGAAGGCCAACGUGGUCAGUCUGGUCAAACGCUGCAAGAAAGCCGUGACCCUGUCCAUCGGCGACGGAGCCAACGACGUCAACAUGAUCAAGACUGCGGACAUCGGUGUGGGCAUCAGCGGUCAGGAGGGGAUGCAGGCUGUGAUGUCCAGCGAUUACGCCUUCGCUCAGUUCCGUUACCUUGAGCGCCUCCUGCUGGUCCACGGACGCUGGUCCUACAUCCGCAUGUGCAAAUUCCUGCGCUACUUCUUCUACAAGAACUUCGCCUUCACCCUGGUGCACUUCUGGUUCUCCUUCUUCAACGGAUUUUCCUCACAG